CACACUGCACUGGUGUGUCAUAUCUUAUCUCUCAUCUCGCACAGUUAUAGAAACUUGGAUCUGAUCAAAGAUACUGCCAUCCAUCCGAGCCCUGGCUGACAACAGAAAAAGAAGGGAGGGAGAAAAGAUAGUAGGAAGGAGAGGGCUGGGGGAAAAUGUGUCCAGUGUUGUAAAGUAAGAGGGAAGGCUGCAGAGAAGUGUGGGCUGGGUCACACUGACACUUAAAAAGAAGCUUUCUUAGGCUUCUGUGCAUUUCAGGGAGCAGUGAAGAAGUGGAUGAGACAACAGCUCCAGGGGGAAGGUGUACUCUCACUUCAUUGGAGCAAGUGUAUUUUUAGCUCUUCUUUCCAACUCUUUUCUCCUCCACUUUUUCUUUCGUGGAGGCUAGCCAUGGGCACUGGCGUGGACAGGUCUCUGUGGUCAGUGCUGCUGCUGCUGCCAGUCUUGGGACUCUCUCAGGCUCUGCCAGGAGCCUGGAUGCCAGGGAAUUAUCUGAACACCACCGAAGAUGCACGACGCUUCCUAACUGACUACAACGACAAUGCUGAAAUGGUGUUAUUUGAAAGUGUCUCCGCCAGCUGGAACUACAACACCGACAUCACAGACCACAACUCCCUGCUUCAGGUAAAUGCAUCCCUUGAAGAGCAGGCCUUCUCCUCAGCGUGGGGAUUAAAGGCCAAGCAGGUCUUCUCUGACGAAGUUCUCAACACUCUCAAUCCAUUUUACAAGAAACUUAUGGAGAAGAUCAAGAUUCUGGGAGUUGCCAACCUGCCUGAGAAUGAAAGAGAGGAGUAUAACACAAUUCUCAGCAAAAUGGACAAUAUUUAUUCAACAGCCAAGGUGACUCCAUCGCCAAAUGUAAGCUGGAGCCUUGAACCUGAGCUCACAGAGAUCAUGGCCACCUCUAGGAGUUAUAAGAGGCUGCUGUACGCAUGGGAGGGCUGGCACAAUGAAUCAGGUGUACCUCUCAGAGAUUACUACCCCAAGUUUGUGAAGCUCAGCAACAAUGCCUCUAAGAUGGAUGGGUUUGAUGACACUGGAGCGGACUGGCGCUCUUGGUACGAGUCUGAGACCUUUGAACAGGAUAUAGAGGAACUCUACAGGACCAUUGAACCCCUCUACAAGAACCUGCAUGCCUUUGUGCGCCGCCAGCUCUACAACCAGUACGGUCCCAAGUACAUCAACCUUAAAGGACCCAUCCCUGCUCACCUGCUAGGAAAUAUGUGGGCCCAGACCUGGAACAAUAUUUACAAUAUGAUGAUCCCAUUUCCUGGCAAACCCAACUUGGAUGUGACUAAAGAAAUGGAGAAUCAAGGCUAUAAUGCCACGCACAUGUUUCGUGUGGCUGAGGAGUUCUUCACAUCUCUGAAUUUAGAGAAGAUGCCUGAUGAGUUUUGGGCGAAAUCCAUGCUGGUGAAGCCUGACGAUCGAGAGGUGGUGUGCCAUGCGUCUGCCUGGGACUUUUAUAACCGCAAAGACUUCAGGAUCAAGCAGUGCACCACAGUAACAAUGGAGCAACUCUUCACUGUACACCAUGAGAUGGGGCACAUUCAGUAUUACCUGCAAUACAAGAAUCUGCCUGUGGGCUACCGUCGCGGAGCCAAUCCCGGUUUUCACGAGGCUAUUGGCGAUGUUUUGUCUCUCUCCGUUUCCACACCCAAACAUCUUCACGCCAUUGGUCUGCUGGCAAAUGUGACCUCUGACCCUGACACUGAUACCAACUACCUGUUAAAGAUGGCUCUGGAGAAGAUAGCCUUCCUUCCCUUUGGCUACCUCAUCGACCAGUGGAGAUGGAAUGUGUUCAAUGGAAACACACCUCCAGAGCGGUACAAUGCUGACUGGUGGCACCUCAGGACAAAAUAUCAAGGCAUCUGCCCACCCACCAAACGUUCAGAGGACCACUUUGAUGCUGGAGCAAAAUACCACAUCCCUGGAAACACACCAUAUAUCAGGUAUUUUGUCAGCUUCAUUCUGCAGUUCCAGCUUCACGAAAAACUGUGUGAGGCAGCUAAUCAAAAGGGUCCCUUGCACACAUGUGACAUCUACGGCUCCAAAGAAGCAGGAGCCAUUUUAAAGAAAAUUCUCCAGGCUGGCUCUUCCAAACCUUGGACUAUUGUGCUCAUGGAAGCUAUAGGGACCAACAAGUUGGACGCCAACUCACUGAUGAAAUACUUUCAACCCAUUAUUACAUGGCUGGAAAAGAAAAAUGAGGGAGAGACAUUGGGAUGGCCUGACUUUAACUGGGUCCCUCCAAUCCCUGAGGGCUACCCUGAAGAUAUUGGAAAGAACACAGAUGAGGCUGAUGCAAAGAAGUUUCUGGAUCAGUACAACAGCACAGCUGAGACGGUGUGGAACGCCUACACCGAGGCCUCCUGGAAGUACAACACCGACAUCAAUGAAGCCAAUAAGCAGGCGAUGCUUGACAAGAACCUGGAGAUGUCGGCCCACACCCUGGAUUAUGGUCGGAAGGCCCGUCUGUACGACACCACCGACUUCCAGGAUGACUCGGUCAAACGCAUCAUGAAAAAACUCAGCGACAUUGAGAGGGCUGCCCUGCCACAGGCAGAACUGGAAGAGUACAACACUCUCCUAUCCAACAUGGAGACCAAGUACAGUGUGGCUCAGGUGUGCAGAGAUGAUGGGACAUGCCACCCACUGGAUCCAGAUCUUCAGAAGAUCAUGGCGGAGUCCAGAGAUUAUGAUGAGCUGCUGUUUGCCUGGAAAGGAUGGAGAGAUGCUGCUGGCAAAGUGCUUCGGAAGGAUUACAAGAGAUAUGUUGAACUGGCCAACUCAGCUGCAACGCUCAAUGGUCACUCUGACAAUGGGGCUUUCUGGCGCUCCCUGUAUGAAACCCCUACCUUUGAGGAGGACCUGGAGGCUCUGUGGAAGGAGCUGGAGCCUCUCUAUCAGAAUGUGCACGCCUAUGUCCGCAGGGGUCUGUACAAAAAGUAUGGUGCAGAGCACAUCAACCUAAAGGGACCCAUUCCUGCUCAUUUGCUGGGCAACAUGUGGGCACAGACCUGGUCUGGCAUAAUGGAUUUAGUCAUGCCCUACCCGCAUGCCACGCAGGUUGACGCCACCCCUGCUAUGGUGUCACAGGGCUGGAACGCCAUCAAAAUGUUCCAGGAAUCAGACAGAUUUUUCACCUCUUUGGGUCUGCUGCCAAUGCCAAAAGAGUUCUGGGACAAAUCCAUGCUGGAGAAGCCUGAUGGACGCCAGGUGGUGUGCCAUGCAUCUGCAUGGGACUUCUAUAACCGAAAAGACUUCAGGAUCAAACAGUGCACUGUUGUGACUAUGGAUGACCUGAUCACAGUGCACCAUGAGAUGGGCCACGUCCAGUACUUUCUGCAGUACAAAGACCAACCCGUGUCCUUCCGCGAUGGAGCCAACCCCGGCUUCCAUGAGGCCAUCGGCGAUGUGCUAGCCCUGUCUGUGGCAACGCCAAAACAUCUGGAGAAAAUCGGCCUGCUGGACAAAGUUGAAACUGACUACGAGAGUGACAUCAACUUCCUGAUGAGCAUAGCGCUUGACAAGAUUGCCUUCUUACCUUUUGGCUACCUGAUGGAUCAGUGGAGAUGGAAGGUUUUCGAUGGACGCAUCCCAUCGUCUGAGUACAAUAAAGAGUGGUGGAACCUCAGAAUGAAGUACCAGGGACUGUGUCCACCUGUAACCCGCACUGAGGACGACUUUGACCCGGGUGCAAAGUUCCACAUCCCUGCUAACGUGCCCUAUGUGAGGUACUUUGUCAGCUUCAUCAUCCAGUUUCAGUUCCACAAGGCUCUGUGUGAUGCUGCCAAGCAUGUUGGGCCUCUACAUACCUGUGAUAUCUACCAGUCUAAAGAAGCUGGGAAGCUGCUGGGUGAUGUGAUGAAGCUGGGCUUCAGUAAGCCCUGGCCCGAGGCAAUGGCCUUGAUCACCGGCCAGCCCAACAUGACUGCCCAGCCUCUCAUGGAAUAUUUCAAACCUCUAACUGAAUGGCUGGAGAAAGAGAACAACAAGAACAACGAAGUCCGCGGGUGGCCCGAGUACGACUGGAAACCUCCAACUGAUCCUAAGGCCAGUAAAGUGGACUUCCUGGGUCUGAAUGUGGAAAGUGCAGCUGCCAUAGCCGGCCAGUGGGUCCUGUUGGUCAUUGGUGUGGUCCUCUUGCUGGCCACCAUCCUGUUGGCCUACAAGUACAGGAAGUCAAAAAAGCCUGAAAAGUCCUUAUCCACGAUGGAGCUCAAGCAGAAGGACUAGCCAUUUGUAAUGGCUAACAGUACCGACCUUAAUGUGAACAUCAGUGUUUUUGUGUACUGUACUGAUCUGAUCAAAUUUGCUUUCCUCUGUUCUGCCUCCUUUAUCUAGUCUUGUAUAUUUAUUGUAUACACCUGAAGUCAAAUAAUUUUUGCCUAUGCAAAAACACUACAGUUUUGUAAUUUAUUUACAAUAUUUGAAUGUUUAGGGAGGAAAUGUUUAAAAUGAAUGUUUGUAAAGUCAUUAAUUGCAUUUUUGAAUAUUUGAUUUUGUAUCUUUUUUUUGUUGAAUCCUCUGCAUUUCUACAAUAAAGACAUUAAAUAUG